AUGUCUGAAUCGCGUCUCACUUGGCUGUCCGGUGAAAUAGCCACUAGUUGCCGCCUCUUUUCGUUCCGCAAUAGUACCGACCUUUCUAAAUGGGUGGUAACAUCCGAUGCUUCCAUGGGGGGAUUUUCUAAAGCUGAGAAAGUGCUCUCUGCUAGGGAAUCUGUCUUAUUCCGGGGGACACUGUCAACCGCUGUGCCGGCGACCAUGAAAAAUAGUGGCUACUGUGCCUUGCGUUCGAAGCCUCUAGCAGACAAGAGUGAACUAUUCAAAAUACGAGGAAACCACGAUCUCUCUGACUUCGAUUCUCUCGAAAUUCGCCUACGUGGGGAUGGCAGAGCUUAUGCGGUGAAUAUCCAGACCGAUGGCAUCCAGGAGCAAGACCUUUAUCAGACGUUUCUAUAUACCAAAGGAGGUCCUGACUGGGAGACAGUAAGAUUGCCGCUGCGAGACUUUGCGCUGACGUUCCGAGGUUUCAUGCAGAAUCAUCAAGUAGUCCUGAAUGCGUCGAAUGUACGCACUAUCGGCUUCCUUCUCGCCGACAGAUUGGAUGGUCCGUUCAACCUUGAGAUAGACUACAUCAACGCCACCAGCUGGGACAAGUGCUAUUCUCGUUUGGAUACGUAUCGCAGACCUACCAUAUUAGAUUUCGCCCGUAAGCAACAGGGCGGAUGGUAG